GCAGCUUCUGCUCCGUUCAGUCACCGCUUCCCUCGCUCGUUCUCACCUCUCCCCCUCCCUGUUCCCAUCUGUGCGCCAUCCUCCUCUUCCCGCGCGGGGAACAGGCGGUCUUCCCGCCGCCGCCGCCCCUCCCUCCUCUUCCCCCGACCCCUCCGAGCACUGCAGCCCCCCGUCCUCCUCUUCCCGCGCGGGGAGCUGGCGGCCUCGACGCCGGGCGCCGCCGCCCAUCCCUCCUCUUCCCGCGCGGGGAGCAGGCGGCCUCGCCGCCCCCACCCCUCCCUCCUCUUCCCCCGACCCCGACCCCCGCCCGCUUUCCGCCCCCAGCAGCAAGCCGCCCGCCGGUCCAGCAGAUCGACGCCCCUGUCCUCGCUCGAUUCGCCAGCAGUAAAGGACAACACAAGUAGCAGCACACCCUCUUCUCCAUCGUCCAAGGAACUGCAGCACUAGAGCAUAAGGCAGGAUAGCAAUGGCCACAUCAUCAGCAUACCCUCCGCCUCCUCCAUUUUACCGACUUUACAAGGAUUACGAGCAGGAUCCCUCAUCUGCACCAGAACCUCCACCGCCAAUUGAUGGAAAAUAUACAGUAUUUGGUGCUGAGCACGAAAUAAAUCAGGUGUUGCCAAGCUUGGAGAGUCAAGGUGUUCGUCAGCUUUAUCCAAAGGGCCCCAAUAUUGAUUUCAAGAAGGAGCUAAGGACCCUCAACAGAGAGCUUCAACUGCAUAUUUUGGAGCUGGCAGAUAUUUUAGUGGAGAGACCAUCUCAGUAUGCUCGCAGGGUAGAAGAUAUUUCACUCAUAUUCCAGAACUUACACCAUCUUCUCAAUUCCCUACGGCCUCAUCAGGCAAGGGCCACAUUGAUUCACAUGCUUGAGAGCCAAAUUCAGCGUCGCAAGCAGGCAAUUGAAGAUAUAAAACAGAGGAGAGAGGAAGCGCAAAAGCUGCUUGGUGAAUCACUGCUUGUCUUAGAUGGAAGCCAAACUAAUUAGGCUGAUGCCAAUUUGGCUGUUAGAAGACAGAUAAGUGCUCUGAGUUAAAGAAAUCUAAAUAAUCUUUAGAUCAAUAGCUUGUGGAGCCAACCAAGAGAUGGCGUUGAGAUAUUUCUGGCUUGUGGUAUCUGUUGGGGCCUUUUGGUAUUUUCAACUUUGAUCACUGAAUCUUGUACAUACUUUAAUGGUCGAUGCUAACAUGCUUAACUGUGAUGUUUACGUUCCGUGCUUUUUCUCAGUUGGAGAUUGUUGAAUUAGUUUGUAGUCUUAGCGGAUUGUUAGACUGAUGUCGGUACUUUAGAUGUGUUUGUUUUAUUUUGUUGCUAUGUGAUUGCAUGCCGAAGCAAGUGGAUGGAAUACGAACGGAUUAAUCC